GAACGGCUUCGGCAACUCUCGCCUGUUCCCGAACAGGUGAGCACCACCCCCGUCAACCCCCGUAGCAGCCUCAGUUUGCCGCCAGUCACGAUGCAGUACGGAGUGUUGUUGGUCGUUGUCCUCUACGUCGGCGGAAUCUGGGCUGACGAUGUUGCCUCUCUCAGGGCGGACAUCGAGCAGCUCAAGGUGACCAGAGAGCAGAACAAACAGCUCGCCCAGGAGUUAGCACAGCUCAGAAAUGAGCUGGCCGAACUCCGAGAACGGACGAGACAGGAGAAAAACGCCGAGAUGCGAACAAGUUGGCUGGAAAGCAGCGUCUCCGAGGCACGGGGGCAGGUUUCCGAACUAGGUGCAGCUUUGGAAGCCGUCACAUCCCAGCUUUCAACCCUCAGGUCCGAAGUCAAGUCAAACGCUGCGGCAAUCGAAUCUCUUCAAAAGAUGGCGUCUUCGCGGAAGAAGACCUACGAGCACAGAGAGUUACCUCCAGUGAAGAGAGAGGUCGAAAGCAGGCACAGACACGGUCGUGGCCAACUAAGAGCGGAAGUCGCAGCUCUGGCCGAACAGGAAGCGAAAACGGAAGACGAAGUAGUGAGCCUCAACUCCAGGCUCGACAUGCUUGAGACCAACUCCAGCUUGGAGAAGAUUCAUGGAUCAGUUCUUGAACUGCUGGAGUCACUGGAAGCUCUGGAAACAAGGGUAGACAAUAGCCUGCCGGCUAUGAGGAAGGAGAUCUCGCGGUCCGAGCUUGAUCUUGCCAGGGUGGCACAAGACGUUGCUUUGCUCAAAGAGGAACAGAAAAGUCAGAAGAUGACAGUACAAGCUCUGAGUUCCAGUAUGUCAUCGAUGCAAGAAAAAGUGAGUUCUGUAAAAAUGAUGAAGUUCAAACACCAGAAAGUAAAGCCUGGUGAUAAUCCAACUGAGGUGGUGUCUAAACUGAACGAAAUUAUCUCUGAGUAUGAAGACAACCUUCAAGCACUUUCUCACGAUUGUCGAGGAAGUGAUGGCCUCAGCUUGCAGAUGAUCAGCCUUGGUGGAAGGCCACGCCUUGUCGCCUGUGAAUCCGGAUGGACCGUUGUCCAGAGGAGGAAAGACGGAUCGGUCCAGUUCAACAGGCUUUGGGAAGAGUACGCAAUUGGAUUCGGCACACCUAAAAGUGAGUUCUGGAUCGGAAACGAGGCGCUCCACCUCCUGACAGUCGCCAACAGGAGCCGACUCCGCGUGGAGAUGGUGGACAUCUACGGAAAGCAUUGGCUGGCAGAGUACUCCCAGUUCCACGUCGGCUCCCGGGAAGAGGGCUUUCCACUCACUGUCUCGGGAUUCUCCGGUAACGCUAGCGACGCCCUCGCUUACCAGAACGGGAUGCAGUUCAGUGCCAAAGAUUCCGACCGCGACGUCUCCAACACCCACUGCGCCGAGAAUUACGAAGGCGGAUGGUGGUUCUCCCAUUGCCAACACGCCAACCUCAACGGCAGAUACAACCUGGGAUUGACUUGGUUCCAUGCGGCCAAAAACGAGUGGAUUGCCGUCGCUGAGUCCGUGAUGAAAGUGAAAACUGAAUGAGCCCCUGUAAUCUCUUAGCUCCCCCACCAAACAUAAUGUCUGUCCUGUACUUCCAGGAACAUGCGGCGAAUAUGUGCUUUUCAGCUUUAUUAUUAACACUUCUGGAGCUGGUGGUGUAUUUGCAAAUCUGCUGUCAAGAUAGAAUGACCUGUAAUUGAAAUCCUCUCAGUAAUUCUUUUCUACUUUCCAUGGAACUCAUUUAAUUUUUUUAUUGAAUUUUACUAUUCAAUGAUGUCAGUUUUAACAAAUACCAAAAAAUUUAUUAAAAUGGUUUCCUAGUCAUUGGGUCCGGAUUAUGGAUCUGUAAAAAUGCUGCCAAAUAACUCUUGUGUAGCCGAAAACGAGGAAAAAAAAUCUAUUUCUAUUAUUUAAUCCAAAUGGAUGAAAACAAAUUGUGUUCAAUAUAAUCUACAAUUAAUCAAAGCUAAAUUAUAUUUUUCCUCAUUGCCGAAUAUAUUAUAUGUUUUGCUUGAGCAGAGGAAAGCACCAUAAAUAAUUUUAUGACACUAAACAUUUAUUGAACCAAAUACUACAACAUAUAUAUGAGCCCCUUCCGUUUAAUGAGUUAAGCAAAUUAAUUUAAUAAGAAUUUGAACAUAAUUUUAGUUUGAAUGUAUUUGUAUGUUCUAUUACCAACAUCAUUUAUAAUUAGGUGUAUAUAUUUUCGUUUUUGUGUUUACUUAUAGGAAAAAUAGAUUAGAUGUAGUAGUUUGUAGUUGUUGUUAAUCACGUCAAAGACGAUGUAACCCAG